UGGCUCCGCAGUCGGUUGAGCGAUACAGACGAAGUCGCGUGACCGCGACUCUCGCCUACCACCAUGGGGAGCUUCUACGGGUGCGCGUAUCGCUGCUGAAUUCCCGCGCUGAGUCACCGCCCGGGGAUGAGAGUGGACCUGUACACGAGGCAUCUACGUGCGAUACACACGUACGUCCGUCGGAGUGGCUCCGCACCCCAGCCGGAUCAUGUCCCGGAUCUUCGUUUCCGCAGCUUUGUACCUAGGUCUGCUGAUUAGCUUAGCGAAUGGGCAAAAUUGCGCGGAGGACAAAGUUCGAAAAUGUAUCACUAUUGCCGAGCCGAUACUCAAGGAUCCUCAUUUGAUUUUUCCCGAUAAUAUGAAUGACAUAAACAUCGUUUGCAAAACAUGGUCGGACUUUGUCGAUUGCAUAAGAAGAUACAUAGACAAGUGUUUUUCAAAGGUACGAAAGGAUCAAUUUAAUACAGCGGUAGAGCCGCCAAUUGCAUCUGUGCAUCAGAUGUGCUCGAUUUCUUCCUAUCAAGCAGAGUACCUACGAUACGCUGGCUGCAUAAAGGCGACGGUCAUCGAGACGGAACACUGCGGCGGCCAUUACUCGGCGCUGGUCACCGAGGUAUCCCAGGAGAACGUGCGCAAGGCGAACCUCUGCUGCGCUUAUCACAACUUCCGGACGUGCGUUAUUCGGAAAACACAGCUGAGGUGCGAUGGUAAUCAGGCGGAAGGUAUCGCCGCGAGAUUCUCGCGGCAGGUCCUUGACAAGGCCUUCAAUUUUCUCCAGGACCAGUGUCUCAACUACAUCCCCGACACAACAAAGUGUUCGUUAAUUAUGAGGAACAAAUCCGGUGGAACGUUGAUUAGUCGACUCGGAGAGGGCCGAAGCGUAACGUUUGAAGCGCCAAACAGGUUGAAUUCUAGGAAGUCGGCCCACGUCGAGCUACACCACGACAAACUCAGCGACGCCAAGGACGCCCUCGUCACCAAUACCGCCCAGUCCAGCACCUACGAGACCACCGGACAACUGCCGAAUUUCACCAAUGAUCAGUAUCCGUUUAUGACGCACAAUGGCAGUCCGACGGAAACAAACGAAUACGUGGAUUCUCGCACGAGCAUCGACGUACAAAUUCCGUUCACUUCCGCUCCGUUCGACACGCAGGCGUACCAAACCGUCAAGUACAGCCAGGUCAAUGGCGAGAUACCGGAAGAGGAUACAAGCCGAAAGGCGGAACCAACGUAUCACACUCCCAUUGUCGAAAGCUCCGCACCAAUAGAGGCCGCGACCCAGAGACCUUCGAGCUACGGUAGGGCUAUAUCCUGGACGUCACCUCCCACUCCGUCCACUUCGGAAAUUCCCGACUGGGCAACCAGCACGUGGCUCACCUACAAUCAAGAUCUCACCACCGAAGAAAUUUAUCCGGCAGCAGGAAGUUUCGGCGGAAAUAAUAUCGACGAACCAAAUCAGCAAGGCCUUUCGAGGAAUGGAGGAAUCAGCUACACGGCGACAUUUUUCUAUAUUUUCAUUAUGUGUUUCUUUGCAUUUAUA